UCGUAGAGUUCACCUCGGAGAGAACAAAUUCGAGAUAAUAUUUAAACAUUUCUGUUAAAAAUUUGUUGGUUUUUGGAAUUUUGUAGAAUGAGUUCGGCAAACAAAAACGAUGUGGCUAUUCCACAAAAGGAGCCCAGAAAUAUAGCCGUUGUCGUUCCCACCAAAGAGAAGCAGUCCAAGCAGGACAAGGAGAAGGUGGAUAAUGAGGUGCAGACAGCUGCUCCCCAGUCUCCAACCGAGAAGACUCCAAUUGAUAUGCAGAGCGAUAGUAGCCAGGACAAGGCUGACAAGAAAACACAGGCGGACACAAAGCUAGAGGACACUCCAAAGCAGAGUGGAGCUCUCCCUAAAAUGUGCUGCCUGGUCCACAAAGCCAAACCAGCAGCCGGAAAAGUUUCCCCGAGCGCCAAUGCUCGCAUGGCCAGAAAGCGCCGGUACAAGGCGAACAAGCAGGCCGCCUACGAGAAUUUCCUGGCCUUCAAGUCCAAGAAGAAAGUCAUCUCCACUCUAAAGAACCCGUAUCACACCCCCAAGAUCUGGCUAUCCGACAUACGCAAGGUGAUUUCAGGCAAGGCCAAGCACCUUCAGUACAAGAAUCUGACAUAUGUUCUUUGUCAUAAUUAUUCAAUUUAUUGUACGUCCGUCUGCUAUAAAUACUGGAUAUAGUUUUCCAUCACCAUAUCACAGAGAGACUCAGAGAAUUACAUAUGUAAACUGUAAAUCUUUAGCAGCAGGAUGUCUAAAAUAUACAAACUUAAUCGUG